AUGCACAUAGGUACAGCAAUGAAAACAGAAAUUAAAAAAACAGAACCUCCAGAUCCUGAAGUACCAUUGCCUCCAUCACCUUCCAUACAUCGUAUAUUUAAAAAAGGAGCCGUUUGUUCGGACGGUUCACCUUGUUCUGAAAUAGGAAGGGAUAUUUUAAUGAAAAAUGGUUCUGCAGUGGACGCAGCCAUUGCUACAUUAUUUUGCAAUGGUGUUGUAAAUUGUCAGAGUAUGGGAUUGGGAGGUGGUUUUUUAAUGACAGUUUACGAUAGGAAAACAAAAACUUCGUAUGCUUUAAAUGCUAGAGAGGCAGCUCCCGGUUUAGCAAGCGAAGAAAUGUAUCGUUUAGAUCCAAAUUUGUCUAAAGCUGGUCCUUUAGCAACGGGAGUACCUGGAGAAUUGGCGGGUUAUUGGGCCGCCCAUCAAAGAUUUGGACGAUUGCCUUGGGAAGAAGUUGUUAAACCCACUCUUAAAAUUUGUCAACACGGGUAUAACAUGACCCAACAUCAAUACGAUUCUCUAAAUUUUCGUCCAGAAAUUAUACGUAAAGAUAAACUUUUAAAUGAUUUAUUUGUUAAUCCCGAUACGGAUAAAUUUUAUCCCAGAGGUUCUACGAUUAUUCAAUCUCAAAUAUGUAAAACCGUUCCUCCGCCUGGAAGUGGAGCACUUUUAGCUCUGAUACUUAAUAUUUUAGACGGGUAUCAUUUUAGUGAAAAAAGUAUAAGUACCAUUGAUGAAACAGUUUUGACUUAUCAUCGUAUAAUAGAAGCAUUUAAAUUUGCUUUUGCUAAAAGAACAGAAUUGGGGGAUCCACGGUUUGUUAAUACUACCAAGUUAGUUUAUGACUUUACUGAUAAAUCAGUUGGGGAAACUCUCCGGGGAAAAAUAAACGACAAUUUUACAUAUGACGAUCCUAGUUAUUAUGGAGCAGUAUUUGUAAAUAAAGACGAUCAUGGCACAGCACAUGUAUCAGUCAUUUCGCCCGAUGGCGAUGCUGUUUCUGCAACAAGCACAAUUAACUUAUAUUUUGGAGCUGGUGUGACAUCUAAAAACACAGGAAUAAUUUUAAACAGUGGAAUGAAUGAUUUUUCAUCGAAAUAUCUUAAAAACUUUUUUAAUUUACCACCUGCAGAAGCUAACAAAAUAGAACCUGGAAAGCAACCUCUUUCCUCGAUGAGUCCAACAAUAUUAGUUGAUGAAAAUGGUGAUGUAAGAUUAGUUGUCGGAGCUGCUGGAGGAACAAAGAUUACCACUUCAGUGGCUUAUGUAAUAAUACGUCAUCUUUGGUUUGGAGAAGAUAUUAAGACUGCAGUUGAUGCCAGUAGAAUUCAUCAUCAGUUAUUUCCUAAAACUUUGAGAUUACAAAAAUUAGGACAUGAAGUUCAUAGGCCUAGAAAUCGAUCAUCAGUUGUAUGCGCAGUUGCUAAGUAUAACGAAUCAAUUUUUGCUAAUGCAGAUUAUAGAAAAGGUGGCAGCAAAAAAGAAGAUAAGUUUCUCUAUAAAAUUUAA